UGAUGUGCCCCACCAAUUUACAGACCCCACCCAGCCCACCAACCCACGUUUAAAUCUUUAGUUCGCAUUAAAACACAGCUUGGAACCGAUAAGACUAAAAUAUUUCUUAUCGGCAUUAUAUCAAGAUACCGUGGACCUCGAGACCAAUCCGUCUCUAACCUUCGCUCGUUACCUAGGCAAUUCCGUAACUCCAACAUUCCCCAUCAUGGCACCAAGACGGCCAGACAAAAAGUCUAAAAAACAAAAAGGCGGCAUAUCCCGGGCCGCGGGCGGCGACUCUAAGCCGGUCUCCUCCCAGGUCCUCGUCAAGGCCGCAGAGUUCCAGCUCCAGGAGGGGAACAUUCAGGAAGCGGCAGCGCUGGCACAGAAGGCGCUCGAACAGACUACCAACGACUCCGACGACCAAUUGCUUGCGCUGAACUUCCUCGGGCAGAUUAAUCUAGAGCUAGGCGACUUCGAAGCCGCGAGGGAACACUUCUUGCGCGCGGUCAAGAUCGACGAGGAUGGGAGCAAGGAUGAGGAAGUCGGUGGCGGGCCUGAGAAGUUCUUGUGUCUGGCACAAUUAAGCGAAGAAGGUGGGCGGGAUAGUGUGACUUGGUUCGAGAGGGGGGCUAAGGCGCUUAAGGCGCAGAUUGCGGCAAAAGAGGAGGCGCGAGGUUCGAGGAGGAAAAGCGAUGAUGCGGGGACGGCGAUAUUUCUUGAUGAGCUGAAGAAGAAAUUGGCGAUGACGCUGUGCUCGGUUGCGGAAGUUUACAUGACAGACCUGUCGUGGGAAGAAGAUGCCGAGCAGCGCUGCGAGGCCCUUGUUACUGAAGCCACGUUAGUUGCGCCCGACUUCGCGGAGACUUGGCAGACAUUGGCCAAUGUGCGGAUCUCGCAGGAGAGGAUGGACGAUGCGAAGGCUGCGCUUACGAGGAGUCUGGAGCUGUGGAAGGACUUGCCCCCCGAAGACCCAUCCGUACCAGAUUUCCCUAGCAGAGUCGGUCUGGCGAGACUACUCAUGGAGGUGGGAAUGGAGCAAGAUGCGAUCGAAGUUCUCGAGAGACUGGUCGGCGAGGAUGACCAGAGCGUCGAGGUGUGGUACCUAGGUGGCUGGGGUCUCUACGUCAUGGGCGAGAAGCAGAAAGCGGCGAAGUCUAGCGAGGAAGAUUGGAAGGCCUCGUGGAUAUCGAGUCGCGUGUGGUUGAACCAGUGCCAGCAUCUAUACACAUUACAAGACUACGAAGACGAGCCGCUGGGCGAGCAUGCGAAGGAAUUGCUUUCGCUUAUUGCUAAGGAUCUCGGUGAGGCGCCGAUUGGAGAAGAAGGCGAUGAGGAUGAGUGGGAGGACGACGAUAGUGAUGCGGAGAUGAAGGAUUAGGAUUCUUCAUGGCAAUGGGUUCACUAUAAAUGGAAGAUACCACGAGACUUAGGGAGUCCUAUCUUGGCAUGAAACGGCGUUACGGAUUUAAAAAGGGGCAGACUGCUUUCAUCAGAUCCAUAAAUGAAUGAGACGAUUCUCUGAUAUAU